AUGAACGUAUUACGAGGGAUUGGAGAUAUGUUACAUCUCCUUGCCAUCAUCAUUCUAUUGGGGAAGAUGUUGCAGCAGCGCUCUGCCGCCGGAGUUUCCCUAAAGUCACAAUUCCUUUUUGCUCUUGUUUUUACAACACGCUAUCUUGAUCUCUUCACGUCGUUCGUAUCCGUGUACAACACGGUAAUGAAGGUAUUCUUUUUGGCGACCUCGUGGCAUAUAUGUUAUCUUAUGCGAAAUAAGAGCCCAUGGAAAGCAACAUAUGAUCAUGAAAAUGAUACUUUUCGUAUUCGUUAUCUUAUUAUCCCAUGUAUGAUUCUUGCUGUACUAUUUCGUGGAACCCCACGUGGAGCUUGGGUGAUGGAUGUAUUAUGGGCCUUCUCCCAAUAUCUUGAGGCUGUAGCCAUUUUACCGCAGAUCUUUUUGCUAGAGUAUACAGAACGAUAUGAGGCGCUUACAUCUCACUAUUUGGCAGCGAUGGGUGCCUACCGUUUCUUUUACAUAUUGCAUUGGAUUUAUCGCUAUAUGGCCUUUGGUCGCAUUAACUACGUCUCCGUAUGUGCAGGGAUGCUGCAGACGGUACUUUACGUGGACUUCUUUUAUCAUUACUUGACUCAGGUCGUGCGACGCGCGAAGCAGCGGUACGAUUUAGCGCGUUAG